AAUAGAAUCAAUCAUGGCGGCAUGAGAUGAAAUUAUCUGCUGACUAGCUCAUUCAAAACAACUACAAACACUCGAUAACUUUUAUAUUAACACAUUGGACCUAGAAGAACCAUAACCAUCAGUAGUCCACCGUGAAAACCACUGCAUUGUUGACAACGCUAUGGAAGACAAAGAUGUUUCUGCCGGGGAUGAGAUGGAGAAGUGUGAACGCUUCACUGCUGAGAUCUACGCAGCAGAGUCUCUGGCUGCUGACAUGGACCCGUGGAUUACAUUUGACGCUCGCAAAACCCCCAGAGCAGAGUUUGAGAGCUGGCUGGAGACUAACAAGCCCUCACGGGUGUCCCGUUAUGGGGAUGAAGACGGUGGUAGAGGCCCUGUGGGGUGGAUCUGUGUAAGAGGACCAGACUUUGAUGACAGCUCUGGAGACGUUGACAGCCUUCUGGAGAGUUGGGAUUGUUUGCUUGAGAGCGGCAGGCCGGUCAACUUCCAGACCGUGAAAGAGCUGGCACUGAACCACGGUGUGCUCGAAGGAAAAUGGCUAAUACACUUGGAAUCUGGAUUCAAGGUGGACCAUGCAUGGGAGUGCAUAGCUCGAGCAACACUAGAAGGGAAGAUCGACAGUGUUAAAGUAAGCACUCAGGACCCAAAGAACCCAAGACACGUCAUCUGUGUCUACAACAACAACUUUACAGAUGAGAACCAGGUGAUAAGGCUCGACACCGUCAUUAGGGCCACAGGGGUGAAGUGUUUUAUCUCCUAUAAGCCAGAUGUGUACACGUACCUGGGCAUAUACCGCAAUAACCGCUGGAAGCUUAGUCCUACCAUAUUCGAAAGCAAGUUUGACCUUGAGUGUGUACCCAGGCGCUCUCACGUUGUCAACAAAGUUACCAACCUGGAGGUCACUUAGGGCUGCUAGGAGGAAUAAGCAUGGUGGUGGUGCUGUACUGACUGACAUUUUUGGGUUACGUUAAUUGCCCCACAACAAGUGGGAUUUUGUGCUGCCUUCGGGUCAUUGUGACCCACCGUCGUGGUGCAAAAGGUGGGUCACAAUGACCCGAAGGCAGCACACCGGGUUAAGAAGGCUAGGCUGUAAAUAAGUAUCUGAUUGUGUGGGACAAAGCCCACGUCUGCCUCAUUUCCUCAAUAUAAUGUGUGUCAACAACAAAGAAACAAAUCUUGUUUCAGUGUUGAGAUAAGUACCAUUGCCAAUAUUCUGGUAUCUGGUCCAAGUGUUUUGGGGGGGAUUUCAACAAAUGUACCCUUAUGUUUUACGUUAAUUCACUUAAUUAUGAUUUUAAUAUGUUUAUGGCUUUGAAUGCUCUCAUUUGAGUUCUUUCUAAAUUAUGUAAAGUUGGACUUUUUAAAAAUUGUAUUUAAGUGCCAAAUAAAGUUGA